UAGACACUUUAACAGUUCAUUAUAUCAACCAAAGAUGUCAUUUGUUCAUUUGGCAAACUUCUGUGCCCAUAUAAAGAAUUGUACGAAUGUUAAUAUAUCAAGCACAUCAGUGCCAUUUACAAGAUUGCAUUUACAAAUAGCCAGUGGAUUAUAUAAAGAAGGAUUUAUAUCAUCGAUACAACGAGGAUCAACCACAGGACCAGAUGUCACUCCAGUAGAUGUUACUCCUGAUAAUAUAUCCACCAGAAGAUUGUGGUUAGGUUUGAAAUAUCGUAACAAUCAACCUGUCAUAAGAGAUAUUUCCUUAGUUUCUAAACCAGGUAGAAAAGUUAAUUUAACUAAAGAAGAAGUUAAAGCUUUAGCAUCUGGUUUAGCAGUAAGAUUCAUUAAACCUUUACAACCUGCUGAAUGUAUAUUCAUAAAGAAUGAAAAGGAAAAGGAAGUCAUCGAAAUCCAAGAGGCUGCUAAAAGAAACUUAGAUGGUGUUGCAUUAUAUCGUGUUAAAUAGGUAUUUACGUUAUUAUUAAUUUUGUACAUAGAAAAGGAUUUAUUUACUUAAAUAUAGAUAAUAAAAGAUUUAUUAUUUAAAG